AAGGACACCUCAAAGCAACGACACCACCUCUGCUGCAUCACUACUCCUCGACCCAUGCGCGCCACCAUGGAGGACGUCCAAAUCACCCGCUCUCACUCCAGGUCCCCCCUUCCAGAGGCUGGACACGAUCCUCAAGAUCCUCUCCGCCCUGAAAUUGAAGAAGAGAACUCUACGCCAACCCCGCCAUUCCUGAAUCCGACCCAAGACAUGGAGACCGCAGGAAACGGGCCCGAAACGCCAGAUGAAGACGAUCCGGACGUCCAGGCCGACCCUGAUCUCUCCGACAACGAUUCCGAUCUAUCGGAUGUCGACGAGGCGCAAUUCGACGACUUCGACCCUGCCAACAUUGCUAUCGAGGGGCCCGCCGUUCUCGAUGAGACCAACUUGAAUCUGAUCGGUGUGCACAAGCGCAAGCGGACUGAGGGAGAGGCUGAUGGAGACGCGAAGAAAAAGAAGAAGCGUGAUAAUCGCCGGGAGAAGCCAAGGAAGUCACGAAAGGGUCGUAGUGGCGACGAUGAAGCUGCAAGUGGAGGCGAGGAUGAGAGCAGGCGGCGAAAGCGAAAGGACGGAGGCGGUGGGAGAGCUAGGGCUGCGACUCCACCAGAAGAGAACGAGGAGAAUCUGUCUCCUGAAGAACGACGAAGACGCGCUCUUGACAGGGCUAUGGACGAAGCUCUUAAGAAGGGUGGUACUGGCCGCCGCCGCAAGAAGGAUGGCAUUGACCUGGAACAAAUGGCCGAUGCUGAAAUCGAAGACAUGCGACGGCGCAUGACAGACGCUGCGAAGUGGGACAACGAGGGUCGGGAUCGUGGCCAGCCUGCGAUGCACAAACUCAAGCUUCUCCCCGAGGUCGUGGCACUACUCAACAAGAACACGCUCAAAGAGUCCUUGGUGGAUCCGGAUAUCAACCUGCUGCAAGCUGUCCGAUUCUUCCUGGAGCCCCUCAACGACGGCAGUCUCCCGGCGUACAACAUCCAGCGCGAGCUCUUCGCCGCUCUUAGCAAACUGCCAAUCACGAAGGAUAGCCUCGUGGCUAGCGGUAUUGGCAAGGUCAUCAUGUUCUACACAAAGAGCAAGCGCCCAGAGCUCGUUAUUAAGCGGCAAGCGGAGCGUCUAUUCAACGACUGGACUCGUCCGAUCUUGAAGCAGAGCGAUGACUACCGCAAGAAGGAGUUCCAGCAAGCCGCUUUCGAUGAUUCUAUGAAGCUUCCCGUACGCUCCGCGAACCCAGCAAACUCCCAGGCUGUUGCCCAGGCCGCGGCUCGCAAGAAGGCGCUCGAGACACCGAAAGUCUGGAACCGAGCUAGGAUGGAAAGCGGCCCUACCACCUACACCAUCGUCCCGAAGAGCAACGUCCAGGUUCCAGAAGGCACGGUCAAACGUGCUCCGGGCGCGGCAGGAGACGAAGCCUUCAGGCGUAUGCGUGCCAAGCAGCUGGGAAAGACUGGUCGCGGCGGAAGGUAGUCAAGCUUUUGCUUUUCUGAGCGGGUUAGCGUUAGUCUAGUGACGGGGUUCCCGUCACAUUUCCUGCAUUGGCGGCGUUAAAAUUGAAUAUCUUCGUAGGUACCAGAUGAGAGGUUAACAGGAAUAUAUUUCUCUAUCAAGAAGAUCCUUCGCAACUAAUGACGGAAAACAUGCUUUAUCUUACCAAAAGUAUCCAGUUGUGGACUCUCGUAGAUCGCUACUCAGGGUGUUCCCACAAGCAUUCAAAGAACCCGAAUUGUUUUGGUUUGGAUGGCCUGUAACCUCGAAAGGCUACCUCAGACAGCGUAAUCUCCUGUUAAUCAGAACUCAC